UAGCCUCUCGCAGUUGGUGCUCAACCACGCGCGUGGCAGGACUGUUUGGAUAUAUACGCCAAGCAGUGGAACUGGUGAUUGUGCUCUUUCAACAGGACCCUGAUCCGCGCCGGCAUGUGGUUUGAUUAGCUGUGAUUAAUGUGAGGGGAGACGCUCUGUGCACUCAGCGACACAUGAUCUGAAGCUGAACACCUACCGCUCCUUCACGGCGCUGGAGUGGAACGAGACGGGAUUUUGUUUUUUCCAACUCACCUGCGGAACUCUUCGCAGCGCAAACCAAAGAAUUGCUACUGAUUCUUCUUGGUCGGUGCAGCAGAGGACAAACACAGACCGAACAGACGCGGGGUCAGUAGCCUAUCACCUGCUUGUCUUUUCAUCCUCUAGUCGACCGACGCAGCCGGUGAGCACGCGGGGCGCCAUGCUGAGGCAGCUCCUCCUCAACUCCACCGACACCCCAGACUUCGACCUGGUGCUCAUGGCCCAGUCCUCCACGCACGCCCCCUCCUCCCUGAACGCCUCACACGGCGGGUCGGUGAGCGUCGGCGCUCUUCUGAGACCCACCACGGGGCGAGGGGGGGGAGGGCUCCGGGAUGGCGAGCUCCACAAACCGGACCUGACCACCUACAUAGUCAUGUGCCUUCUGCUCUUCCUGUUGGUGCUGCUCAUUGUGUUCUUCAUCAACUGCCAGCUCCGGAACUCUUUCUUCGCGUCCAUGCCAUAUGAUAGGUCACUGAGAGAGGCCCGGACCUCCUACAAGUAAGACCCCCACCAGGACACAUCUCUGUGACUGCAUGGGUCUGUAGUGAGACUCCUGUGGGGGUUUAAGGACUGACUGGUCACCCCUGCUGCUGCACGUAUACUGGACUCAUACAGUUGCUGCCUUUUAUAAUUUGACUUGGACACAUCGGAAGGCUUAAAUAAAUCUAAACUAUUAUUGUCAGGGCCUUGUUAGAGUAAAUGUUGCCCAUAUGUUCCACUUCAAGGCCCACAGCACUAUGCCAAAAGGAUAGCUCUUCGGACCAUGGGGAGAUGCAGGUGGAAAAAUAGCAGUAUAACUCAGUCAAAUUAGGGACUCAUAUAGCCUGAAGAUUAAUAAAUAAAAUGUGAAUCAAUCCAUCAUCCCCUUCAACCAACUCCUGGUCCCGUAUUGCACUUUAUAAAUACAUGAUGUACUCCUUUAUACUCCCAAGCUUGUGUUGAUUCAUCUGCUUACACAUGUGACGUAUAGCGCCUGCAAUUGGGGUCCAAAGUCAUAAUAUCUCUCACCGGCCCAAAUAAGAUUUAUCUUUUUUUUCUGAUGGAAACGUGACGUACGGUAACAGUAAGGGGAUGAAGUUGGUUGUAAAUAAAAUAUUUUGUAUGAC